AUAAGGAAGAAAAAGGGGGAAAGAGAAUGAAGGGUAGUUAUGGUACUGAGUCGAGUAGCAGAGAAGAAAGAAGAAGAAGGGCGAGGUCUUCGUCACCACUGAAGGACCGAUCCAAAACCUCUUCGUCUAAGUUAUCUUCUCCGUCCAAACGGAGCACAUCACCCUCUGCCACUCUCCUCGACGUUGACCAUGACGUAUUCUCUCUAUCUCAUGAUUAUCCUAACCCUAACCCUCGGAGCUUCCCUCACAGCGUUAAGCAGAAAUGCUGGGAAAAGGCAGACAAGGUCAAAGGACGAGACCCCGACCGCUGGCGCAGGGACGCCCUCGGCAAUACUGUCUUUCGCAAGCUCGUAGGUUGCCCCGGUUGUCUCUGUCAUGACUACGACCACAUUCUUCCUUACUCUAAGGGGGGAGAAAGCACUCUGGAAAACUGUCAAGUAUUACAAGCAACAGUUAAUCGUUCAAAGGGUAACCGAACAGAUAUCUCCAAAGCUGAACUUAUUCAAAAGAGUUCUUAUUGCAGGGUUUCAGAUCGUGAUAUGGAUCUUCUUGAACUGUCGGCCUAUGGGAAUGUCCGGCGUGGACCCGAUAAUGGGGGAUGUAGAAUCCAAUGAACAUUUUUCUCCAUAUUAAUUUUCUCUGUGAUUGAUUUCUAGAUUAGUUUAAAUGAAGACCUUGUAGCUAUUCAUCCUGACAAAAUCUCUGGGGCUUCAUUUGUGUACAGACAAGUUAAAACUGCAAGAAAGUGAUGGCACUUUUCAUUAUUCUCUUUUUUUCACAAAACUUAAUGGUUUUCUCUUGAGAAGCA